AUGUCCUCCCCAACCCCUGAAAUCUCCGACGAAACCCUAAACCCUAACACCACCGAACAAUGUCCACCGCCACCGCCACAAUCGCCGCACCCCGAUCCCCAAACCCUAACCCUCUCCGAUCCAAUCCCUUCCCUCACCGAUCAACCUCCUCCUUCCCCCAACCGAGACCGAGACACCUUCAUCGAAGACCCCAUCCCCACCCUCACCGCCGACGACCCGGAGCCUGACGCUCCCCCGGCCGCCGUCGUCGGCGGCGGUGCCGCUAAGCGCGCGCCGAAGCGGAAGAGGCCCGGCCACAGGCGAACCGCGCAGGAGAGAAAGUUCCGUGAGAAGCUUCAGGUUAUCGCUGAAACCCUAAAACCCAUUCCUUUUAUACCUUCCAAAGCUCUCGAUUUCGGGAAACACCAGAGCCUCUUGCAGCGAUUGGGGCUUUGGGAUUUCGUCCACAUCGAGUUCGAUUCCGCGCUGCGUUGCGAUCUCAUUGCGCAGCUCAUUGCGAGCUACGUCCCAAACUCGCGCUGCAGCUACGUCAACGGGGUUAGGAUCAACGUCAACCGCGCCGAUCUCGGCCGCGCCUUGAGGCUGCCGAAGAAGACCAGCGCUGGCGCCGCUGUCUCCGCCGCGGAGGCGGCGGAGGCUUUUGAUUUGGGGGAGGCUGUUGGUUUUAUAGAGGAAUUGGUGUACAAUUGGAUGCUGUUGCAUGAUGAUGCUUAUAUGGUGACUGAUGAUGUUCUGGGGUGUUUGAGUUUGAUCAAGGAGGGGAAUUUCGAGAAGGUGGAUUGGGCGGGGUUGAUAUGGAACAUGGUGGAGAAGGAGCUGAAGGCGCCGCAGUUGGUGAGUUGUUACUAUGCGCCGCAUUUGCAGCAUUUGAUUAAGGUGCAACAUGAGGAGUUGUUGGAGGCGGAGGUUGAGGUGGUGGAGGAGGAGAAUGAGGUGAAGGAGGAGGGAGAGGAGGAGGAUGAGGAAGAGGAGGUGGAUGGGAGUGGGGAUGUGAAGAUGGGUGAGGCUGAAGAAGGGGAGGUUCGCGAGUUGGAGGAGCAUAAUAUUGAGUUGAGUUUGGGGCAGGAUAAUGCUGUUGAGAGGGUUGAAGUGGAGAAGGAGCAGGGUGGAGAGGAACAGAUGAUGGAUGUGGCUUUUGAACCGGCUAAGGAGGAGGAGCCUGGGAUGUGGCUUUUGGAUCCGAAGAAUUGUGGGGGGGAGUCGUAUUUGCGGCCUUGUCACGGCAGUGAUGUUAAGGGUGUGGAAUGUGAACAGGUGAAAGAGGAUGAUGGAGAAGAUGGGCAGGAACAAGAGGAGGAGGAGGAGGAAGAGGAGGAGGGGGAGGACGGUGAUGAAGAUGAUCAUGAACAUGAGGGCGGGUUUGAUCUCUCGGCUAAGUGUAUUCCUUUUGAGGGGAUGACUUCUGGGAAUGGGAGUCUCAUUAUGGAAGCUGAACAGAUGCCUUUUGGUUCUGGAAUUGAUCUUCGUGACAAUCCGGUAGGAGAAUUUCUCUCGGCAAGGGAUGACCCUCAGAUGAUUUCUGGUUCAUCGCUCUUUGGUAAUGGUCACAAGAGAGACAACAUGGGCCUGGAUAAUCAUAUCUCUCAUCAUUCUCUAAAUGGAAGUAACAAGCGGAUGAGAAGUGAUAGCCCAUGGAAUUCUAAGCAAAUGGACUUUGAAUCGUGCAUGGUACAGAUGGAACAUUUAAUGGGGAAAGCUAGAAUGAUGUAUAUGACAAAAGAUCAGGCAUGCGAAGAAUCUACGAUGAAUCAGCAACUCUUAAUUAAUGAGCUACAGAAGCGAGACACCAUGAUUGAGCAUUUGCAUAAAGCAAAGUUAGAAGAGAUUCAGAAAAGGCAGAUGGAGGUAUAUAGGUUUGAAAAGGAGCUUUAUAUGAUGCAAAGCCUUGUCGAGGGCUACAGAAAAGCCUUGAAAGAAACCCGGAAGGCUUUUGCUGAAUACAGAGCACGUUGUCCUCAAGGUGAUGAACCACUUUACAAGGAUGUUCCUGGGUCUGGGGGCCUCGUUUUGACUGUGAUGGAGGUGGAAAAGGAACGUCUGAGGAAGGAAGCAGAAGAAAGGGCAAAGUUGAGAGAUUUCAUGAGGGAUUUUGAGAAGAAGUGUACAGAUUUUGAAUCCACUUGGUUUGGUAAAUUUGAAGGCCAUAUGAGUAGUGUUGAAUCCCUAAGUAAGAGGUUGCUGGUUGUGGAGGACCAAGUAAAAAAUUUGAAUGAAGUGAAUGCUAAACGGAAGGCGUCUGAACUGACUGAAUGUGAGCCAUGUGAGCCGAUUGAAUGUGCUCCAACAACUGAAACAACCGAAGGAGAAACUGCUUAGUAAGGUUUAGCUUUUUCGUUAGCACUUUUAUUAAAAAUCAGUUCACACCAAGUUCAAGGCUGCAGGUUGUUUAUGUUUAUAAUGUACAGAGCUUUAUUUUGAAACUGAGACAUUAAACUAGGUUAAUUCUUAGCUUGAAUUGUCUGAGAGACUAAGUCUCCAUUUAUGGCAACUUAUUUUCUAUGUUUUGCAUCCCUGCGAUUUUCUUAAUUAAUUUUUGCGUCUAAUCUUAAUUCAGUUAUUUGAUGCUCA